AUGGAAGGCCCCUUGGACUUCCAUCCUCCUCUGGAUGGGUUCCGCUUUGUGGAGGUGAUUGGCCGGGGCGGCUAUGGCCUGGUGAAGCUGGCCCGGCACCUGGCGUCUGGCAAGUACGUGGCCGUGAAGAUCCUCCUGCGAGACGGCUCUCCCAGCAGCCCGCUGUCCGCGCAGGGGGAAGCGGCCAUCCUGAGGAGCCUGCGGCACGACAACAUCGUGCGGCUGCUGGAGGAGCGGCACGCCGGGAAGCACCUGUUCCUGGUCAUGGAGCUGGCGACCAGGGGCUCGCUCCAGAGCUACGUCUUUGAGCAGGGCGGCCUGGCCGAGGACGAGGCCAGGGCCCUGUUCGGCCAGGCGCUGGCCGCCGUGAGCUACUGCCAUGGCCAGCGCGUGGCGCACCGGGACCUCAAGCUGGGCAACCUGCUGCUGGACGCGCACCUCCACAUCAAGCUGGCGGACUUCGGGCUGAGCCUGUGGCUGGAGCAGGGCACGCUGGUAAGGGGCUUCUGGGGGACCCCCGAGUACUGCGCCCCCGAGGUGUUCCUCGGGGAGGCCUACGACCCAUUUCAGGCUGACGUGUGGAGCCUGGGGGUGGUGCUGUUUGCCAUGCUGGAUGCCACGCUGCCCUUCCACGGCAAGGACACGGACAAGCUGCAGGACAGGGUGCUGUGCGGCUGCUAUGUGUUGCCGCGUGCUGUCAGCUCGGCCCUGCAGGAGCUGCUGGCGUGGCUGCUCACCGUCGACGCCUUGGGGAGGCCCAGUGCGGAGGACGCCAGGACCCACUGGUGGUUCAGCCCCGACCAAGAAGCCACCCAGGAGGACAAGGAGGACGCGGUCACCCUGCUGCAGCCCCUGGGCGUUCCCCGGGACCCAGAGGCCAGGGACUACCUGGAGGGCCUCGGCCUGCUUCCAGGCACAGGGACCGAGGGACCACCAGGCCCUCAGCCCCACGGCCCCGCGUCCCAGCCCAAGUCCUCGCAGAGCGGCGAGCGCCACCCCAGAGAGGACGCCGGCUUGUCUCUGAUGUCAGUGUCCUGUGACAGCAUGGCCGUCGACGUUUCCUCCGCACAAAGCGACUCCUCCAAGGCCUCCAGCCAGCCCCAGCAGGAGUGGAGCCCAGCAGCCAGCACAGCCCCUGACUCCUCCAAAGCCUCCAGUGAGUCUUGUCCUCUCCCUCCCACACCUGCUACCUCGGGGCCUUCAGGAGCUGAGCCCAAGGCCUCCGGAGGUGACCCCAUUCUUGACUCUCUCCUACCAGGCCAGCCACAGCAGGAGUGGAGCCCAGCUCCCAGCGCCGCCCCUGAGGCAGCCUCCACGGCGUCGUCAUCCAGCCCCAGUGCCGAGAGCCCUGCUCCCAGCGCAGCCCCCGACUCCUCCGAGACCCCCAGCCAGCCACAGCAGGAGUGGAGCCCAGCUCCCAGUGCAGCCCCUGAGCCAGCCUCCAAGGCGUUGUCCACCAGCCCCAGUGCUGGGAACCGUGGGAACCUCGCAGAGCCAGAAGCCACCUCAGCAGCCCGUGAGCCCGAUGGGACUAGGACCACAGCCACCGCUGACACCACAGCCAGCACCCAGGACAAGAGGCAGGGCCGGCGCGGGGUCGGCAGGAGGAUCCUCCGCUUCCUGCUGAGGGCGUGCUGCAUCCUGCCAUCCCGAGGGAGCGGCCCUGGCCUCCGCGGCGGCAGAGUGGUCCCCAAGUAG